AUGGUGGCUUUCGCUUCCAUUGCUUGUCUCUCCAGCAACAAUGGCAGCCCAAGAACACCCAAGAAACAACCCACAAAUGACCCGCUCGGAAUCCUUGCGUUCGAGGCUGCCAAGAUCGUAUCCCGCCUUAUCUCCCUCUACAAAUCUCUCUCCGAUUCCGAAAUCUCCAAGCUUCGAAAAGAAAUCUUUAAAUCGAAGGGCGUUGUGUAUCUCAAUUCCGAUGACGAAGGGCAUCUCCUAAAGCUAGCCUACACCGAAAAGAUGGAAAAUCUCGACAAGGCUGCAGCGGCCGUCGCUAGGCUCGCACGGAAAUGCUCGGAUUUGAUGUUGAGUGGGUUCGAUACGGUUUAUUCUGAUAUUAAAUCUGGAAAAAUGGAUUUAAAGAAAUUUGAUUACGGAUCAGGAAAGACGAAGAAGGAGAUUCGUAUGUUGAAGAAAUUCUUGUCGACGACAUUGUAUUUGUAUGGUUCGAUGAAAACUUUUCAUGGGUUGGAAAUGUCGGAAAAGAAACUGAAUUUUCCGGUACUGUUGAAAUACAUGAACUUUCCGGCGAUUGAUCUGAAAAUAACGCCGCCGUACCGGAAACAAUCUCGUCAUGUUAAUAACACGAAUCUAUGGACCCAACCUUUCGAUAAAGUGGUUCGAUUAAUGUCGAGGGUCGUCUGCGUAAUUUAUGCCCGGAUUUGCGUGGUGUUUGGGCCAUAUGUUCUUGAUUUGCCGACGGGAUACUCGAGUGGACAACGACUAGUUACCGAUCAUAUCCCAUCUGAAUACUGGAUUUUAGAACCAAGAAACGGGAAUCGAUCACCUCGAUCACGACUCAUUAGAUCGAAAUCGAAAGUGAUAAAACAUUUCGUUCGAAGUAACGGCCGGAAGAUACUUCCGGCCGGUGGAUGUAAAACCAACCACUUAUUUCUCACGGCGGGGCCGGAGACCGUUGGUGGGUCACGUCUCCAGAUUCUUUAUGCCAACCUGAUAAUGAUGGCGGAGGAAUCCAUGAAACGAAGACGAGCAAAAGACGAGAUGCGGGAUGCUAUGUACAAAAUGUUGCCGGAUAAUUUGAAAGCAAUGGUGAAGAUGAAGAUAAGGAAGCUCAAGGAGGACAACAAUGGAGGAAAGGAGAAGAUGAAGGAAGCAUUACACAAGAUAUUUGUAUGGUUAGUACCCAUGGCACACAACACGUUGGUGUGGCAAAGGGAGAGGAGGGUGGAUAUGACUAGUUUGGAGACGAAGCCUCCUGUGUUGUUGUUGCAGACAUUGCAUUUUUCAGAUAAGGAAAAGGUGGAAGCUGCCAUUGCUGAGGUAUUAGCAGGUUUGAGUUUGAUAUACAUGCCAGAUAAUCGCCGUGAGCCGGCGGCAGCUUGA